AUGGGUUUGGAGAAAUCUACUGCUGGUUUUUAUCCUUUUAGCACUAUAAAAGAUAUGCUUGAUAGGAAGGUCUCCUUUCUGAGUGGUGGAGAGAAGACUCGCUUGGCGUUCUGUAAAUUCAUGGUGAAAAAGUCAACUUUACUGGUUCUCAAUGAACCUACCAAUCACUUGGAUAUACCUACAAAGGAGAUGCUUGAGGAAGCUAUACAAGAGUAUGAAGGUACUGUCAUUACAGUUUCCCAUGAUCGGUAUCUUGUUCAUCAAAUAGUUAACAGAGUGAUUGAGGUGAAGGACGGAAAUCUACAAGAUUAUGUUGGGGACUACAAUAGACUGAUAUCUGUUCAACAGGCUGAGAAGGAGGCUCGGAAGAAACAGAAAAUGUUGGCUUCUCAGCAGGCAAAAGCAAAAGCAAAAUCUAAGGGGUUAAAGAACGCGAAGAGAUGGAAUUGA